CGCUUUCCGCGCGUUCCAUGUCAAAUCGCAAACGUCAGUGACAGCCCGAAAAGCUCUUUCCGAAACGUCACCGGGCAACGAGCCUUUUCUACACUUCCGUUUCUCCAAAGCAAAACAGAGAAAUUUUAAGCUAGCAGAAUGGCUCCCCGUAAGAACAAAACCGUAAAGGAAGAGGUGCAGGUCUCGCUCGGUCCCCAGGUCCGCGAGGGUGAGAUCGUCUUCGGAGUGGCUCACAUCUACGCCAGCUUCAACGACACCUUCGUCCAUGUCACGGAUCUGUCCGGCAAGGAAACCAUCUCCCGCGUCACCGGAGGAAUGAAGGUCAAGGCCGAUCGUGACGAGGCUUCGCCCUACGCCGCUAUGUUGGCCGCUCAGGACGUCGCCGAGAAGUGCAAGUCCCUGGGAAUCACCGCCCUGCACAUCAAGCUGCGCGCCACCGGUGGUAACCGCACCAAGACCCCGGGACCCGGUGCCCAGUCCGCCCUGCGCGCUCUGGCCCGUUCGUCGAUGAAGAUUGGCCGCAUCGAGGACGUGACCCCAAUCCCAUCGGAUUCCACCCGCCGGAAGGGAGGUCGCCGCGGUCGUCGUCUGUAAGGCAUACACCCUGGCGUGGUUCCUUUUCCUUGUUUUUUGGGGGUUUUCGCAUUAGAAGAAGGCAAACAUCAGCUGCUACUACUGCUGCUCAUGCAGGAGAACUAUUUCGAAUGUGCGAAAAAGUGCGGAGAUUGUUCGUAUUGAAUGAAUAAAUUCGGAUAAUAUGAAAAACUAAA